AUUACUCCGUAGUGUUAUUUGAUGAAUGAUGGAUGUUCACAAUUUUAUAUUCGUUAUUUUGUGUUCGCUUUUCGCUCUAACUGCAGCCGGCAAGAAUGAUGUGUAUUUGGGAUAUACCGUUCACGGUAUUGAAAUCAAAGAUGGUGGAGAUCAGGAAAUUCUACAAAAGAUGGUGAUAUCACUUGAUGUUGAUAUAUGGCAGUAUGGUUACCCUGGUGUACGUGAUGCCAUAGUAAUGGUGUCAUCAGAGAACAAAGAUGAUUUCCUUAGACAAUUAGACGACAAUGAAAUUUCUCAUUAUCUUCAUAUAGAAGAUGUAACAAAAUUUUUAAAUGAACAAGAUUUAGAAGUAUCUCGCUGGAAAGCAAACAGACGAAAUGCUGUGCCGUUUGAAGAUUAUCCACGUUACCACGAGAUUGAUGCAUACUUAGAACGAAUUGCGUCACAAUAUCCAGAUAUUGUCACCAUAGUUAAUUCUGGACCUAGUUUCGAAGGACGCAGUAUCAAAUAUUUAAAGAUCUCCACAACAAACUUCACCAACACCUCAAAACCCAUAUAUUUCAUGAACGCAAUGCUGCAUGCUCGUGAAUGGGUCACCGCUCCUGUAGCAUUAUACUCUAUACAUAGAUUGGUUGAAGAUUUACGUUCUCAGGAUCGAGACCUCUUAGAUAACAUUGAUUGGAUUAUUAUGCCAUUGGUGAACGCUGAUGGAUACGAAUACUCUCAUAUUGAUCGACGACUCUGGCGUCGAACGCGGUCAUUCAACCCAGCAGUUAACCUAACAUGUUACGGCGUUGACGCUAACCGUAACUUUAACGUAUCUCACAAUACUAUCGGCGUUUCUACUGACCCAUGCUCAGAUGUAUACCCAGGUCAUGUACCAUUCUCAGAACGAGAAACUGGCUACGUCAGAGAUAUUCUUCACCAAUAUAUUGAUCGUAUACAAUUAUAUCUAGAUAUCCAUAGCCAUGGUAACUACGUACUUUAUGGAUACGGAAACACUUCUCUGCCUACUAAUGUAUUGGAUUUACAUCAUGUGGGAGCGAUUAUGGGAGCUGCGAUAGAUGUUAUGAAGUUGCCUCAAGCUGGAUAUUAUUUAGUUGGAAAUAGUGCUCUGGUAUUAUACGGGUCAUCAGGAAGUGCACAAGAUUACGGACAAUUGGUUGGUGUCCCAUUUUCUUAUACUUUGGAGCUACCAGGUUAUGGAUACGCGUUCUCCGUACCACCUCAAUACAUUGCGCAGAUUAAUGAAGAAACUUGGCUGGGAAUAGCAGCAUCUGCUAGAGUAUCACUCCAGUAUUACCGAGCGCGGUUGAAUAUUGUUAGUUGAUGUACGAUGAUUGCGAUCUAGUAAUAAAAAUUUAUAC